GAAUCCCUAUUUCCAUUGUUUUUGUGGACGUGAAUGAAAAUUGGGAUUAUAUAACUGCUCUUAAAACAUAAAACAGAAAUUACGAUAAACUCGAAUCAAUUUUGUUGUAAUACAGUAAUCCGGUAUAGUAUAAAUAUUUACUAGUCAGUCUGUUGCCAGCGCGAACACACCAGGAAAAGCGGAAGGAAAAAUAAGUGAAUAAAGAAAACAUUUACUAAUGAUAAACUUUCAUGUCUCGUUGCUAAGGCAAUGGAUCAAGAUCAAGUAUGUAUUGUUCUUGUACACUUACUGUAAACAGACAGUUACUGAAUUUGCAUUACAGUCAUAGAAGUAAAAGAAGGAUUACUCGGCAAACGUAUCUGGCAACCCUGUUUAGAACCAUUGAAUUGCCACACUGAUGAAAAUGAACUUGUGCCACAGAAGUACAGUUCUGAUGUGACUGAUCCUGACACACCCCUGCUAUGUGAUUCCUCUCGACCUCCAGAUUUGCCUGAUUCAUCCUGAGAUUUAUUUUGUUUGGAGCUUCUGCACUUGUGACUCACCUUAAGCUGCUGUGGACCGCCUCACAUGGAUACCGUAAAGAUUUACACUUCCCAAAUACAGUUUAUCCCCAGUUCUCACCCUUAUUUCAGUGAAUAAUCUCCCCUGGAUACUAUGGACUUGUACCUGCUGUUGUAAUCACAAACACUGUCCUGUGCUUCCCCCAGGACUCUUAUUCACAAUAUGUUCAUACUGAACUCAGUAUGCUCAUCCUUUCAACACAUUUAGUACUGUUUGCCUUUUUAUUACAACUGUGGAAGAGAAAUUAUUUAUAAUCCCAUUAUCGGGUGUCACCCAGAAGAGGAUGGGUUCCUUUUGAGUCUGGGUCCUCUUAAGGCUUCAGGGUGUUUUUCCUUGCCAUUGUCACCUCUGGCUUGAUCAUUAGGAAUCUAAAUCUACAUUUGCGUUUCUGUAAUGCUGCUUUGUGACAAUAUCUAUUGUAAAAGUGGUAUACAAAUAGAACUGAAUUGGAUUUAAUUGUUUAUUCUGCUGACUGAGAAUGUGACAUAUCAUGACAAAAGUAUACAGUCAUAUGACAAAACAAAAAUAAAACAAACAAACAACCCAAAAAUAAAUAAAUAAAAAAUAAAAACCAGCAAAACCAGUGGAGAGGGAACACCGGUAGAUCAUUAGCUAUGAUUAUGUCAUAAACUUAAACUUUAUUAUAUACAGUUUACUGUGCAGUCUCUAAAUUCCAAAGGUCAUUUUGGAAGUUGGCAGAUAACUUUGCUAGAGAAGUGCAAACAGUAUUGUUCAUUGAAAUCUUAUUUGCCUUGAAUAUCGAGUAUGAAUACCGUAUCCAGAGACACCAAGAUUGUGGUGGUGGGUGCAGGAUUUGCAGGUUUGGCUGCAGCAGCCUCUUUGGUCCAGGCUGGAUUUCAGAAUGUCAAGAUCCUUGAGGCUAAAGAGCGAGUCGGAGGGAGAGUGUGCACUAUGAAACCAUUUACAGAGAACAUCAUUGAACUUGGUGCUAACUGGAUCCAUGGACAGGAAGGGAAUCCCCUCUACCAGUUAGCCAAAGAGCAAGACUUGCUGGUCGAGGCGAUAGCAGCAAGCAAGAUGAUGUGCUUGCCCCACUCAGUUACUCCACGUGAUUAUUUCUUCAUGGAAGGUGGGAAACAGCUUUCAACUAACACUGUUGAUCGAGUGUGUUCCCUGUUCAGUAAACUCACCUCGAAAGCCUUUGAGUCAGAGCUGGAGGACAAACAUAGAGUCCUGAGUUUGGGGGAUUAUCUCGAUGUGUCCUUUGCUGAAUCACCUUUAGCUACCUCAGAAGAUGAAUCAAAAAUUUUCGAAUGGUGUAAAAGAAGUGAAUGCACAGAUGAGGCUGCCUCUCUAUAUGAAGUGUCUGCAUCUCAGAUUGGUUACUACAUUGCUCUCGAGGGAGGCUUUUUUAACUCCCUGGGUCCUGGGGGUUAUCAAGCAAUUUUAGACAUUCUUCUGAAAGCCCUGCCUUCAGGAACUAUUCUGAGAAAUACAGAAGUAAAAAGCAUCCAGUGGGACUCCAAGGGGGAUGAGGGCAAAGAAGAGAACCAUCCUGUAAGAGUGAUUUGUGAAAAUGAUCAGAUCAUUGAAACUGACCAUGUGAUUGUGACUGUAUCGCUGGGGGUUUUAAAACAAAAAGCAAGAACCAUGUUCGAACCUGCCUUACCAAAAUCAAAGCUGGAUGCUAUUGAAAGGCUUGGCUUUGGCACAGUGGACAAGAUCUUCCUGUAUUUCAGUGAAAGAUUUUGGCCAGAAGACUGUGCAGGAAUCCAGCUUGUGUGGGACAAGGGACCUGAAGAUAAGGCAAUCUAUAGCAGACAAGAUGAAGAAGAUGCCUGGAAAGAGACAUGGUUUAAAAAGAUCUGUGGUUUUGAUACUGUGGCCCGUCACCCUACAGUGCUCUGCGGCUGGAUCACAGGCAGAGAGGCUCUUCAUAUGGAGACACUGCAGGACAGUGAGAUUGGAGGUACCUGUGUAAGAUUGCUCAGGUCCUUCACUGGCUGGUCUGUUCCUGAUGUGUCUCAAGUUCUGAUCUCCAGGUGGGGUCAUGACCCACAUGUACAAGGCUCCUAUACAUUCGUUCCUCACUGUGUGAAUGUGAAAGAGCAUGAGGCACUGGCAGCACCUCUUCCUUCUUUUAGUCAAGUCCCGGAGAGCAAGCCUCUGCAGGUGCUGUUUGCAGGUGAAGCAACUCAUGUAAACUUCUACACCACCACCCAUGGAGCCUAUCUUUCAGGGGUCAGAGAAGCACAGAGACUAAUUAACCACUACUCUCAUUAAGCACUCUGUCCAUAGGACCAACACUGAUGCAAUGUUUUCCUUCCUGAUGACGAGGUUGUAAAUUUUAAGUAAACUGAGUGAUAUUUGAACCAAAUUCUAUGGCAAUUUUCUAUCCGUUUAGGCAAUUCCAUUACUUAGGAGUUCUCUCCUCUCUGGGUGAACCAAUGAACCCUAAUUCAUAUUACAUGUAUGAUUUUAAUUGAAAGUCAGGAUUUUGUCUCAGUGAAGAAUGAACCCAACUGUGAUGCAUUUUGCACUAUCUGGUUUGUAGACAUGAGGUUGCACUCAACAUACUUGAAAGAAAAAAGCAUUAAUGUGCUCACUGAUUCUGUGCAUUUAUUUGAGUCAUUACAUAACAAGUGAUUGAUUUGGAUUUUCAAACAUCAGUAGAUCUGGUCUAGCUAUGUGGCUUUUAUAAAAAGAGGCAUUUUUUUUAAGCAGAAGAUAUACAGUAUGUGACUAUUAUUAAAUAAUUUGCUGCUCUCUAUGUCAGUCAUCAAUUAUCAUCAAUUUGAUGCUAUCUUUCAGGUUCUCUCUUGAUGUGUUAUGGUAGGUUAUUUCAUUUUGGAUCAUUUCAGUUGUUUACAGUUAUACUGAAACACAUUGUAAUGUGGGAUGGAGAGGAUAAAAUUAGAAUAUAGUGUCAAAGAACAUUGAAUUGUCUGUGAUGUUCAUCAAAAUGAAUAAUCUAAUUAAAAUGAUUUAAUGUU